AUGGCCACCCAGGUUAGAGGCAGUGCAAUUGUUACCGCAGUGAUAGCGAUAGGGUUGUGCAUAGUGCUUCACGGUGAGACUGCUCAUGCCGAAACCUUCACCGUCGGAGAGGGCGAUGGCUGGAACUUAAAGGUUCAUGACUGGCCUAAUGGCAAGAACUUUACUGCCAAUGAUACGUUGGUGUUCAAAUACAACAAUGCAUUCCACAGUGUGGCAGUCGUAGAUGAAAUUGGUUUCAAGACAUGCACAGUCGGCGAUAAACUCUUCUCGUCGGGAAACGAUGAAAUCAAAAUUCAGCAAGGACAAAACUACUUCAUCUGCGGUUUUCCUGGCCACUGUGCUGCUGGGAUGAAGAUAGCAGUCACUGCUAAAUAAU